AUGCAAUUUCGAAAGUUGUUUAUCAAAAAAAGUUAUGCACUUCCGGAUACGGUAGUUUGUCCUCACCGAGUUAUUUGUUUCUCACCAGGUUGCUAUUCUUCAUCAUUCACCUACUGUCGGUCGCUUGGUCGGUCGGUAAGGAGAUACUUUAUUGCUCUGAUUGGUGGCGCUGCGCUCUUACCGCCCGUGCUCAAACAGGAAAGGAAAGCAUCACUACGAUUCGUUGAACCUCAGUUUGUUUAUUUACCUCAGAAAACAGUAUUUGGCUUUUUUUUGCUAGUAACAUUGAUCUCAGUUAUUGCUUGUGAUAAUGAUGAGACAAUCAAUGCGAUUGCGGCGCUAAGUGCUGCUGCCGCUGCUGUCGACAAAAUUGGCUUCAAACGAGUCUAUUAUUGUCAGCGUUGUCUGAACCACAAUCGUUUGGAACCGCGCAAGAAUCACAAAUGCGAAUGUGUAUAUGCUAAUUGCGCCUGUAACAAAUGCAUACUGGUUGAAAAAAGACGUGUACUUAAUACUCAGUUGCAUGAACUAGAAGAUGUUGCGGAUAUAGAAAGUGAAGUUGGCGCCGAUGAUCAUUGUGGUUUGGCUACUAGAUCGAAAGGAGGUUGA